GGACUCGUGGGAAGAGUCUUCGUACUGAAACGAGCUGGAUGACUCCGGAGGAGUUUGUGAAGGAGGCGUCAUGUCCAGAUGCAGAUGCCACCUGGAGGAAGGACAUCCUGUAUGAAGGGGAACCACUCAGCAUCCUCAUAGAGGCAGACAUCUUGAAGAUCCACUCACUGCUGUGUAAAUGCGGACUGUGCAAACCAGAUAGUGAAGACCUGGAUAAUCAGAAAAACGACGAUGAGUGUUGCGUCUGUAAAGGUGCAGGAGAAGAAGAGUUGGUGGAGUGUGACCACUGCCCUCGCUCCUUCCACCAGAGAUGUCACCUGCCUCAUGUAGAGGACGACAUUUUAGGGUGAGCUUUGAUCGAAAACAGAA